AUGUAUAGAUUCAAGAACUCAUGGACACCCGAAAGAGCUACUCAACCUCAUACAUACAAACAAACAAAGAACAAUAAGAUAGAGAAAAAGGGAGGAGAGUUUGUUAUGAGAGAGUUCAAGUCAUUUAGCAGCACUGAACAGACGAGUUUACCACAACCACAUAGAGGACCAAGUUCAAGUGAAAUUUAUGCAGAACCAGAGAAUUUCCUUGAAGCUGAGGUAGUUAACCCUAAAACACAUACACCUCAUGGCAGUGAUACUCGAGGUAUGUUUACAGAUUAUGAAAUAAUCUGUAGAACUAAUUUACCUUCCUUUGGUAGACGGUUCUCGCGAGUACGUAGAAGGUAUUCAGAUUUUGAAUUCUUUCGUAAAUGUUUGACAAAGGAAUUGGCCAUGUGUGGUGGUCAUCCUAGAGUUGUAGUGCCGCAUUUGCCUGGAAAGAUUUUAUUGGGGAAUAGGUUUAAUGAUGAAGUUAUUGAGGAACGUAGACAAGGUUUGUGCAAAUGGUUGCAAACUGUUGCAGGACAUCCAUUGUUACAAUCAGGUUCUAAAGUUUUGGUGAGAUUUGUAGAAGAUGAGAAAUUUGUGGGCUAA